AGAGAGAUGGGGCGAAGCAGUACUUACUAUGAUAAGAAUGAUGGACUGAAGAAAGGAGCCUGGGCAGCAAGUGAAGACCAGAUUGUCAAAGCCUACGUCAAAAAACACGGUGUCGGAAAAUGGGGCAAACUAUCCAGGGAAACAGGUCUGAAGAGAUGUGGGAAGAGUGUGAGACUCAGGUGGUUGAACUAUCUGAGGCCUGAUAUCAUCAAAGGCAACAUUACAGAAGAUGAAGAAGAGCUCAUCAUCAGGCUCCACAAACUCCUGGGAAACAGAUGGUCAUUGAUAGCCGGAAGGUUACCAGGGCGAACUGACAAUGAAAUAAAAAACUACUGGAAUUCCACCUUAAAGAGGAAGCUAGAAGAAGAAAAUCACUUAGAAGUGUCAAAAGAUGAGGAGAUCAAGGAGGGCUUCACAUCCUCUGCCGCUGAUGAGGACGACCCACAUUUGACCAAAGACAAUGUCAUUGAAGACGAAGAUCAUCAUCGUCAGCCUCACGAUGUUGACGUUGGAGUUGGAGUUGGAGCAACCAAUAAUAACGGUACUGGUGAUGAUGAAUAUCUGAGGGAUGACCUUUGGUGGAACAAUUUCAUAAUGGAUUUCAAUGCUACCCAACUCGACAUAUCUGAAUUCCAAACCGACUUCCCCGAGAUUUGAGAAUCUAAGGUAAACGUUAUCGACGUCGGAGAUUGCUGCACCGAUCAACAGGACAUGCCAAAUAAAAUUGCUUGAGCUACUGGACCUUGAAUAUUCCUCUAUCAAUUAAUUUCUCAGUUAUGCAUGUGCGUGAUGUUAAUGCAUCCAAUUGAAAGUUUUCGUGCAGGAAAUUCAAUGCAGCUUUA